AUGAAAAGCGAUUCAGUUGAAAUCACUACCAUCUGCCCAGAUGUUGAAAAUUCUCAGUUUGUUGUGCAAAGUAACUGUCCAGAGACUAUUCCAGAGAUUUUAAAAUCUCAAAAUGCCGCUGUCAAUGGCAGCAGCAUCACUUGCCAACAGCGUAGUUUACCAAGAAUCAAAAUAUUGGGUACCGGUGGUACGAUUGCAUCGAAAGCUGUAGACUCUUCUCAAACUGCUGGCUAUCAUGUCGACCUGACCAUCCAAGAUCUAUUAGAUGCUAUUCCAGAUAUAUCCAAGGUCUGUGACAUUGAAUAUGAGCAACUAUGCAACGUGGACUCUAAAGACAUAAACCAGGAUAUUCUUUACAAAAUUUAUAAGGGCGUUUCGGAAUCUUUGCAGGCUUUUGACGGUAUAGUUAUUACCCAUGGAACAGAUACGCUAUCUGAGACUGCAUUCUUUAUUGAAAGUACUAUUGAUGCUGGCGAUGUUCCUAUUGUGUUUGUUGGUUCAAUGCGCCCCUCAACCAGUGUUUCCGCUGAUGGACCUAUGAACCUUUACCAAGCAAUAUGCAUUGCUUCAAAUCCAAAAUCCAGAGGAAGGGGUGUUCUCGUUUCCUUAAACGAUCAAAUUUCCUCAGGUUACUACAUUACCAAGACGAAUGCAAACAGUUUGGAUUCUUUUAAUGUUAGACAAGGCUAUUUAGGAAAUUUUGUCAACAAUGAAAUUCACUAUUAUUAUCCUCCUGUGAAACCUCAAGGCUGCCAUAAAUUUAAACUGAAAGUAGAUGGCAAGCGUUUUAGAUUACCAGAGGUUUGCAUCUUAUAUGCUCACCAGGCCUUCCCACCAGCUAUAGUGAAUUUGGUGGCGGAUAAAUAUGCGGGUAUUGUUCUUGCCACCAUGGGUGCUGGUUCAUUGCCGGAGGAGGUUAAUGAAGCCUGCAUGAAGUUGAGCUUGCCAAUCGUAUAUUCCAAGAGAUCUAUGGAUGGUAUGGUGCCCAUUGCAAACGUACCAAAGAAGGGUUCAACCGACGAUAAUCUCAUUGCCUCUGGUUACCUAAGCCCCGAAAAGAGCAGAAUUCUGUUACAAUUAUGUUUGGCAGGUAGCUACUCUCUGGAAGAAAUUAAACAUGUUUUUACUGGCGUGUAUGGUGGGUGA